CUGAAAAGGGAUUCAUGAGCUGUUAAGUACUGACGGAAAUUCUCCUAUCUCUGGGACUUCUAUUAAAAGACAUGAAGGAAGCAGCAAUGAGUUUCUCUGGAACCAUCCGUGGAGUAAUAGUCUUUCUUUUGGCUGCGGACCGACCAAAGACCUGCAAUGUGUCACUGAGUCCCCGGGGUAAAGUGGAGGAGGGUAAACCAGUGACUCUGACCUGUAGAAGUGAUGCUAACCCAGCAGCUCAAUACACCUUCUACAAGCAUAAUCAUUCGCUUACUGUUGGAUCUGGAGAGGUUUAUCCGUUCCACUCUGUAAGCUCUGAGGACAGAGCAAACUACUUUUGCAAAUGUGAGAACAAAUAUGGAAACCAUACCUCUUCCCCUCUGUUUCUGGACAUUCUCUACGCUCCAAAGCUUCCUGUUGUUUCAGUCACUCCUGGGGAGAUCAUGGAGGGAAGCUUAGUGACUCUUACCUGCCUCAGUAAUGCAAACCCAGCAGCUAGUUACAGGUGGUACAGGGAAAAUGACAACAACCCUCUGAGUUUAAGAGAAAACCUCAACUUAAACAAUGUCAACUCAUCUGCAUCUGGCCGGUAUUACUGUAGCGCCUGGAACAACCUCGGAAAAAAGACAUCUACAGUCAAUAUUGAUGUGAAAUAUGCUCCCCGAUCUCUGUCUGUUUCAAUUAUUCCUGCUGGCAAAACUACGAAGGGCAGCUCAGUGACUCUGACAUGUAGCUGUGACGCUAACCCAGCAGCUCUUUACGUCUGGUACAAGGAGGGGCAUGAAUCAGAUAAAACUUCAGGACAAAACUUCAUUAUUGAAAACAUACAACAAGAACACAGUGGAGAUUAUCACUGUAAAGUCCAGAACAGCCUAGGAUAUCAGAACGCCACCAUAUCUGUGAUUGUUGUUGCAGGGCCAUCAAAGCUAGCAGUCAUUGGAACUAUGGUUUUUAUUUUUCUGAUUGUCAUAUUUCUCAUUGUCUUCUUCUUAUUGAGGUAA